AUGCGCGCACAGCUGGACCGGUGGCAGCGGCUGCAAGAGCUCCGGAGUGGGGAUGCUCCCGGGGUCCUGGUGUGGGAACCGACGCGGAGGCAGUGGAGGGGAGUGGGGAAGAAAAGAGGGGAAAAGCACAUUCAUGAAUGUGUUACAGACAGACAGAGUGCUUUUCCAGUGGCCUGUGGUGCCAUGGGUCUGAUGAAGCAGCAGAAAGCAUCCCAAGAAGCCCCAUACCUUGUCAAUGGUAAAAGCAAAGCGAGGUACAGCUCGGCUCGAGAAUGCUUUAUGGGCAUGACGAGUUAUUCAGAGUUAUCCACACCGGUGGAUUCUCUUCUGCCAGCUGGUGUUCUUAAGCUUAGCUAUCGCUUUACAUCAUCACACAAGUAUGUUCCCAGACGGGCUGUGCUCUAUGUACCUGCGGAUGAUGAAAAGAAGAUAAGAAAAAUCCCAUCACUGAAUGUAGAUUGUGCAGUGUUGGACUGUGAAGAUGGUGUGGCUCUGAACAGAAAGAGAGAAGCAAGACUGAACAUCGUGAAAACCCUUGAAGAGUUUGACUUAGGCCAAGGUGAAAAGUGUGUCAGGAUAAACUCUGUGUCCAGCGGCCUUGCAGAAGAAGAUCUAGAGGUGCUUUUGCAGUCCAAGACCCUGCCUUCAAGCAUGAUGCUGCCAAAGGUUGAAAAUGUUGAGGAAAUAAGAUGGUUUUCAGACAAAUUCUUACAUCACCUAAAAGGCCGAACACUUGUAGAACCAAUGAAUUUUAUCCCCUUUGUGGAAACUGCAAUGGGCUUGCUCAAUUUUAAGGCUGUCUGUGAAGAAGCACUGAGAAGAGGAUCCCAGGUUGGCUUCCAUUUGGAUGCAGUUGUCUUUGGAGGAGAGGAUUUCCGUGCCAGCAUAGGUGCAACAAGCAGUAAGGAAACUCAUGAUAUUCUGUACGCCAGGCAAAAAAUCAUAGUCACAGCAAAGGCAUUUGGCCUUCAAGCAAUAGACCUUGUUUACAUUGAUUUCCAUGAUGAAGAUGGGCUCCGCAGGCAGUCGAGGGAAGGCGCCUCAAUGGGAUUCACUGGUAAGCAGGUGAUUCACCCCAACCAAAUUGCUGUUGUCCAGGAACAGUUCUCUCCGAGCCCUGAAAAAAUAAAGUGGGCACAAGAACUGAUUUCUGCUUUUGAAGAACAUCAGCGAUUAGGCAAGGGAGCGUUUACUUUCCGCGGGAGCAUGAUCGACAUGCCAUUACUGAAGCAGGCACAGAACAUUGUUACACUUGCCACAGCCAUCAGAAAAAAUGAGCUGGUAAAUGAAGCUCUCGCCAUGGGGCCCCAGUAGCUGUUUUUUUAAAAGAUGACUAUAAUACUUUGGGGGGGGAAGGGGGGUGUAAAAUUAAAGACGUCAGGCUUAAACAGAAAUUCAUUUCCAUUUUGCAGAUCUGUCAUAGUUUGCUUGCUGGAAUUGCUAAUUACUAAAACUAUUCCCAACUCAAACCACUGCUCACUCCUGCAUGGCCCAUGCUCUGCUCAUAGCCUGCAAUGAAGUUACAUCAUCAAAUCUGUGACAUCACAGUAAUUACUGCAAAUGUGGGAGUACGACUUCUCUGAAGGAGAAGGGCAAAACAUGAGCCCUGAGCUCUGUUAAAAGAGCAGAUGGAAAUUAAUUCGAUUGUUUCUAUUUCUUUCUGUGCUUCUUCCUGCUCUGAUGCUGAACUCCUGGCAGAAAGGAGAAAGCCUUGAAUAAUUACGCACCAGUUGAAAUAACUGCAAUGAAAAUCUUUACCCUGUGUGAGCUUUGCUUUCCCCCCACACCGCCCUUCUGUAAAUGUGCAACAGCCAUUAAAAAUAAUGCUCCAACAAUGCAGGA